UCGCUGCUGCUUCCAUCCAGGCGCUGUAUAAAGGAUACACGGUCGGCAAGGCCUUCACUGAGAGGAAACAACUACUGAUGAGACACGACCAGCUACGCAAGGACCCGCAGCCAAGUACCAGACACACCACACACACACACAGACACACACACGCACACACACAACCACAUACACACACACACACACCACACACAAUAGAAAUGAGCAUUGUGAUCCAUCCCUGUCUGCUCAGUACUCUCUGUCAAUAACUAUAUCAUAGUCAACCAGAUCAUGCCAUACACACACACACAACACACACACACACACACACACA